UUUCUCAGAGCCCUCUCCUCUCCUCUCUUUCAUUUUCAGGGGUUUGGGUUCGGUUUGGUUGGUUCCCUUUUUCCCUUUCCCUCUUUCUCUCUCUAUUCUGGUUUUUCUCUCUUCAAAGAAUCUUUCUUUCUCCUUUUUUGAGAGAAAAAAAAAGUAAUCUUUUUUAUGAGGUCUGAGUUCAUCGAGGUCUCUUCCAUGGUAUAAUUGGUGAUGUUAUGACUCUUCAAGGGCUUUCUUUUUGCUCCUCAAUUCCUUCACUGCUUUUUUUUUGAAUCUCAAAAGCUUUUCCUAUCUUCUUCUUCUUCAUCAUCUUCUAUCGAUUUAUAGACAGGUGAGGAAGUUAAAGGUCUCAAAAUAUACAGCAAGAUGGAUCAUCUAGAGGGUGGUGUGGAUUCGAAGGUUAGAGGUACAGGAAGUAUUAGUAGCAAAGAUAUGAUUUUCAGAGCAGAUAAAAUUGAUUUGAAGAACUUAGAUAUACAACUGGAGAAGCAUUUCAGCAAGGUUUUCUACAGAAAUGGGGACAGUGAGAGCCAAAGGCCUAAGGAAGUGUGGGAAAUUGAUUUAUCUAAAUUGGAUAUAAGAUAUGUUGUGGCUCAGGGAACCUAUGGUAUUGUCUACAGGGGUACUUAUGAUAAUCAAGAUGUUGCAGUGAAGGUAUUGGACUGGGGGGAGGACGGUAUAGCAACAUCUGCUGAAACUGCUGCUCUGCGGGCAUCAUUUCGGCAGGAAGUUGCUGUUUGGCACAAGCUUGACCACCCUAACGUUACAAAAUUUGUUGGUGCUUCUAUGGGGGCCUCAAAUCUUAAGAUUCCCUCGACAAAUUCAUCAGACGAGGGUUAUGGUUCCCAUCCUUCUAAGUCAUGUUGUGUAGUUGUGGAGUACCUUGCUGGUGGGACGCUCAAACAGUUUCUAAUAAGAAAUAAGCGAAAGAAGCUUGCCUUUAAAGUUGUCAUUCAACUUGCUUUGGACCUUUCAAGAGGACUUAGCUAUUUGCACUCGAAGAAAAUUGUGCAUCGUGAUGUCAAAACAGAGAAUAUGUUGCUUGAUGCUCAGAGAAAUCUAAAAAUAGCUGAUUUUGGUGUUGCUCGAGUUGAAGCUCAAAAUCCAAGGGACAUGACUGGUGAAACUGGUACCCUUGGGUACAUGGCUCCAGAGGUUUUGGAUGGUAAGCCUUAUAAUAGAAGAUGUGAUGUCUACAGCUUUGGAAUAUGCUUAUGGGAAAUUUAUUGUUGCGAUAUGCCUUACCCGGACCUUAGCUUUGCUGACAUAUCAUCCGCAGUUGUUCGACAGAAUCUACGACCGGAAGUUCCCAGAUGUUGUCCAAGUGCUUUCGUGAAUAUUAUGCGCAAAUGCUGGGAUGGAAAUCCAGAUAAGCGCCCUGAAAUGGAUGAAGUGGUGAGAAUGUUAGAAGCAAUUGAUACCAGUAAAGGAGGAGGUAUGAUACCUGAAGACCAAGCUUCUGCUUGCUUCUGUUUUGGCCCUGCGCGUGGCCCCUGAGGAGCUAAUUACUAUUAUUUAUUGUUCUUCAUUGUGUGUGUUGAUGAAUUGAAGUGAUGGGUUUUUUUUAUGCCCAGUAAAAAAAAUGGGGGAGAAAAUGGUGGCGCUUUAUUGGGAUUGAAAGUUUUUGGGUUUUUUCAUCUUCUUUUCAUAGAGCUGAAAUUGUAUUUUUAUAGUCCAUGAACAGAGGGACAUUGUAUGAUUUUACAUAAAAGUAUUUAUCAGUACCAUUGAGUUUUA